AUUUGUUCUUCGGUAUAUCAAUUUGCUUGCUAGAACAGAAAAUAACCAUUUAGUAGUGUAGGUACAUGGCCAUCGGAGAACAUCUAAGGAACCUGAUACGUGAAGGGGAGUACGGGUACAGAACUGGCGGGGUGUACAGUCUACCAAAUGACAUCCCAGGGGUAUAGAGAUCAAAGACUUGAACGUGUAAUACAGAGAUUAGAAGAUUCUGUAUUGAGAGAAAGCCAGGAAUAUACGGUCCGUGGAGAGGACGGUACAUCAUCUGCUAAAAUCCCAGCACGCAUUCGAGAAAUAAUCACCAAGAACCUCUCUUAUCGCACAACUUCGACACCAAUGAUGGCGUCGACACCAAAUGUUGGUCAGCUUACUGAAGAGAAUCGACUUCUAGCACAGGAAUUAAACAGGGUUGAAAAUUUGUUGUCUGAGAGUGCUGCUGAACGGGAUGAACUUGGUAUUAAAUACAACGCUUUGAGUGACAGAUUGGAACUUGCGUUGAAAGGAGGAAGUGUGAGUGAAGUUGGAGAUGCCGCUAAAAGUGUUGUCCAACAGAAUUUAGAACUACGUCGUAAGCUGGAAGAUGAACACCAUUCAUACAAACGUAAACUACAGGCCUACCAAGAUGGCCAACAACGACAGAGCCAACUCGUUCAAAAAUUACAAGCAAAGCUGAAGCAGUAUAAAGAAAAAUGUCAAGAUUUAGAAGAUUUAAUACGCAACAAAGAUGUUGAUAUACACAAAACCACAUUAAAGAUGCAGUCAACCACUGAUUCCUUUAUUCAGAAAUUAGAGAAUGCUGAAAGCAGAUAUAAAUAUUCUGAAGUUGAUCAUGUGAUGGAUCUAGAAACUGCUCUGAUCAAGUUGGAGGAAGAACAGCAAAGAUGUUCAAGUUUGACACAUGUUAAUAAUAUGUUACGGGACCAAUUAGACCAAGCUACAGCAACCAAUCAACAACUCAGCGCCGACAUUCAGAAACUGACCAUGGACUGGCAGAGAGCUAGAGAAGAAAUAGAAAAUAAGGAAGCUGACUGGAGGGAGGAAGAAAAGUCGUUUAAUGAGUAUUUUAGUUCUGAACACGGUCGACUUCUGGCUCUAUGGAGAGAUGUCGUAGCUUUCCGUCGUCAAUUCAAUGAAAUGAAAGUUGCCACUGAACGAGAUCUGUCUACUGUGAAAGGUGACGUCAACAAGACCUCCCGAAGUGUUCACUCUGCCUGUCUUAACCUCAGCGCCAACACUCGUAACAACGAUACCCAAUCUCAAGUGGCUGUUGAUCGUGAACGAGCUGAAAAACUCUCCCUUGAAAGUCAAUUGAAGGAUAAAUUGAGAGAAAUGAAUGAGAUGCAAGCUAGAUACGAUGCUCAAAGUGCAGAACUGACAUCAAGAGUACAAGAACUUACAGCGAUGAAUGAAAGACUACGAAUCCAGGUUGAUGAGAAAGAAAAGACCGUCUCAGCAUUACAGCGAUCAGUGUCUGAUAACCGAGUUUCAUUUAACUUAUCUGAAUCCGAGGCUAAUGAACGACAAGACACUGAAUCCCUUCACUCUGCUUUACGAAACCUUGCCGAUUCUGUUAUUAAUGAUGAUGAAGAUGCCGAAAUUAAUGGCGAAACCUCUGAUCUAGUCAUGAGAAGUUCCUACCGAGCUAGAUCUACCUCCCCACUUCGCUCAAGAUCUCCAUCAUCUCGAACCAGAUCACCAGGACGUCCCAUUUCUCCAAGAGGCCGCUCUCGCUCUCCUGCUUUCGUUGAUGCUACCUUCUCUGCUGUCCAGACAGCUUUGAGUAAGCGUCAAGUCCAAGUUUCGGAACUUCGAGCCAAACUCUCAGCUUGCAAUGAACAGAAAUCUAGCCUUGCUAGACAACUGGACAAUUUGGAGAGCGAGAAGCGUAGAAUGGAACGUCAAGUGAUGAACAUGAAUGAAGAACUUGACAAUGUUCGCCGUGAACGUGAAGAUUCCUCCCGAGACCGAGACAGGAUGAAGAAUGCUUUGAAUGUAACUGGUAACGAAAAAUCCCAAUUAGAAAAACUACGACAAGAAUUGAACGAUCAGAUUGAGAAUAUCCAUAAAGAGAACGAGAAACUUCAAUCUGUUAACGGAGCUCUACAGCAACAGAGGGAUCAACUUGAAGAAGAGAAGGAAGAUAUAAAAAAGGAUAAGGACCGACAUAUUAAGGAAAAUGAAAGAUGUCAACGCAUUAUCGAUCAACAAGAUCAUAAACUAUCAAAGGUUCGAGAAGAAUUGGUCAAUACGAGAGAAUCCCUUAACAAAGCUCUCCUAGAAAAAGAGAUCUCUGAAGGUCAGAAGACAGAAGUUGGCGAAGCCUUGUCUACUACCGAAUUACAGAAAGUAGAAAUAGAAGUCGAGAUUAAUCGAUUAAAGACGGAAGAAGCCACUUUACGAGAUGCUCUGUUGAAGAUGCAGGCAUUGAAUGAAGGUCUUGGUCAAGAUAAAAUAGAACUCAAUAAGAUCAUUAUGAUGCUUGAGACUGAUAAAGCCAAUUUAUUAGAUGAACGAUCAGCAUUGGAACAAGAAAAACAAGGAAUUCGUGAAGAACUGGUCCGAGUUGAACAAGAAAAGAUGCAUCUGGAAACCGAGAAGAUCGGUAUGAACCAAUCUCUGGAAUUGUGUGACGUUAAUAGACAACAACUCGAGGAUGAAAUUAGUAAAAUCAAUAGAGAUAGAGCAGCCCUUUCAGAAAAAUUGUCUUUGGUCUCUAGACAAAAGGAUUCUUUAACUGAAGAGUUAUUGGCUGCUAGAAAGGAAUGUGAACGUAUAUCUGGUAUGUUAGAACAUGUAUCCAAAGAGAAGGAAACCUUAACUCAAGAAAAAGGUGAACUAAUUGUCCAAGUUACCUCCACUGAACGUGAAAACAGACAAAAUAGCGAAUCAAUUGCUUCCAUGGCUGCCGAUAAAGAUGGUCUUGAGGGACAGGUGUAUGAAAUUCAACAACAGCUUAUGCAAGUCGAGGUACGCAAAGCUCAACUGGAAGGCGAAAACCAGGAACUGCUACUCAGGAAGGAACAUCUACAAGCUGAAAUCAAUAGACUUGUCAAUGAGAAGGAAGCAGACUUAGAAAGGUUCGAAAUCCAGAAGAAUUCCCUCAACAAUCGCCUGCAACAAGUGGAACGUGACCUGCAAAUGGCGCUUCAACAACAGAAGCAGACUCAUGAAGAAGAUGUAGAACGAUUAUCCAGGGAAAGGGAAAGUCAGAGAAUGGACUUCGACAAUGAACGAGAAGAAAUCCACCAUAAAUAUAACUUAGAGAAGGAAGAUCUGAUCAAUCAUUAUAAUAAAGAGAAGGAAGAAUUACAAGAUAAGAUGUUAGAUGUACAGAGAGAUCGAGAUGAAUCUUUAAUCAUGGCUGAAAAUGAGAAACAACAGGCACUGUCUUAUCUUGAACAAGAGAAAUGUACUCUGUUGGAAAGAAUAACCAACCUCCAGUCCGAUAUUAAACAAACCAAUGUCGAUUAUGAUAAAAUGAAGAUGGAGUAUAAUUCACGCCACGAACAAGAUCGUAGCAACAUCAACGCCUUACAAUCCGAACUCAAAAACUUCCAGAAUCAUUUUGAAGAGACAGUUGCUGCUCACGAGAAAGAGGUAAAAAAUUUAAACAACCAAAUUCGAGAUGUAGCCAGACAGAGAGAGGCAGCCAUGAAAGAAGUAGCAGAAUUGAAAACUCAGUUGAAACUGGUUGAAGAAGCACGAGAUGCUAUUAGAAGAGACUUGAUCGAUGCCAAUCGAAAUCUCCGAGAAGCUGAAGAAAACAGUGAUAUAAUGAGGAAGGACAUCAUGGAUCUUAAACGAUCCGUCAAUGAUGAAAUCCGAGAGAAGGAGGCUGUUAGUAAAACUGCUGAAGAACUUCGUAAUACGGUGAAACGAGCGGAAGCCGAUAAAACCGACCUUAACCGUGCAUUACAAGACUGCCGACAAAAAAUUAGUGUUUUGGAAGAUCAAUGCCAGGGUCUUACCAAAGAGGCAUCUGAUUUAAGAGCGAACCUACGAGAUGUAGAAAAGGCCCGACUCGAAGCACGAAGAGAGUUACAGGAACUCCGGCGCCAGAUCAAGAUGUUGGAUGGUGAGAGAAGUAAACUUGGUAAAGAGGUGAUUGACCUCCAGGCUCGUGUAGCACAUGACGAAGAAAAGGAUGAAGAAUCGAAACGACAUUCAUUUGAUUUGAAACAGAAAGUGGUUGAGACAGAAGCUUCAAGAGAGGCCCUGCGUAAGGAACUGGCUAACAUGCAACGUAAGAUGGCCGAACUUAUUGACGAGGCCCACCUUAAAGAGAAAAAUUAUCAUCUUUUAUUGGAAGACAGCAGACGUACUGAAGUAAAAUUGAGUGAAGAAAAACAGAGCUUGGAAUCUGGUGUUGAUAAUUGUAAUGCCGAGAUCAAUGACCUAAGGUUGAAACUUAGUGGUAGUGAUGGAAGAGUUAAUGCCCUUGAGGCAACUCUUGCCAGAUUAGAAGGUACCAAACGGGAUAUUGAAUUCAAACUUAACAGCAUUGUUUCCAGUCUUCGAAGGUCUAUUGGCUUCCGACAAGAAAUGCCAAGAAGCCGCUCUAUUUUGAGAAGCAGAAGUACUAGUCCUAGACGAUCCAGACCUACCUCUCCCUCAAAGGGAUUCGAAAAUACAUAUGCUACUACUACAGAUGGCCGAGGUACACCCAUUCCACGAACAGGAUCUCCUAGCCGUGGUGAGAGUCCCGUCAGAAGUAGAGGAGCUUCCCCAGUACGAUUUGUUGAUGUUCAAGCCGUAGAUGUUGACCCAGAAGCAGUUCGAAUGGCUCUCCGUGAUUUCAUGGCACAAUUGGCCAAUGCUGAACGUGAAAGGGAUGAUGCCAUCAGUCAGGUGAACAGUUUAACCACACAGCUGAGAGAUUUAGAUGGUGAUAGAGAACGAACUGAAGCCCGUCUGCAACAACUACAGAAGUCUAUGGGGGCUGUUGAAGAAGACAAGAGAGGUAUUGAUGGUCGUCUAUCCAGUGCUCAGACAGCUCUCAUGUUACAAGAAGAAACAAUCCGACGAAAUGAACGAGAACGUAAAACGAUGUCAGACAAGGUCACUAGUUUGGAACGUAAUUUGGCUGCUGCUGAAUCUGAGAAGAGACAACUCGAGGAGAAACUCAGCAAGUUGAAGAACAGCGAAUCCAAACUUGGAGAUGAUGUAAAGAUGGUUAAGGGAUCUUAUGAUGAAGCUGAAAGCAGGUGUACGAAGUUAGAAUUAAGUCGUCGUUCAUUAGAAGGAGAGCUACAGAGAAUCAAACUAUCAAUGAAUGAUAAAGACACCGAAAAUCAGGUGUUAAUGGGACGAGUUGAAAAUCUGAUGAAACAAAUCCAAGAUUUAGAAUCCAAAUCCAACUCCCUGCAGCUAACCAUUGAUCGUAUGAGUAUCUCGUUGUCUAAGACUGAAGAAGAAGGACAUCACCAUAAAGACAAAGUUCAAGCAUUGAGCUUGUCGCUAUCAGACAGUAACGCUGUCAUCAGUGACCUCGAAGACAGGAUCGCCCAGAUGCAAAGGGCUAUAACUAAUAGUGAACAUGAUAGACGAGUUUUACAGGAGCGAUUAGAACAAACUAGACAAGCCUUGAAUGAUGCUAAGAAACAAAAUGAAGUAUUAACUGAAAAAAUGAAUUCCAUGCAGACAGAUUAUAGUGAUAGUGAAAUCAGACGAUCAGAAUUAGAAGGUCAAGUUCGACAGGGUUCAACUAUUUUGAUACAAAGACAGGAAUCCGAGCAGGAAUUGAAUCAAAGGAUUCAGAAAUUACAGGUAGAAAAACAAGCUCUUGCUGAAAAGGUGGCCAAUUUACAACGAACCAUCUCAGACAUGGAAAAUAAGAAACAUGAAUUCGAGAGAUCGACUAACCGAUUAGAAAAAGAUAAAACUGCUUUAAAGAAAACUUUAGAUAAGGUUGAGAGAGAUAGAUUACGAACAGAAGAAUUAGCUAAUAAAUCCGUUCAGGAACGAUGUAGUUUAGAUAUAGUCAUGCAGAGAUUAGAAGACGAUAACGUAGAAUUACAAAGACAAGUUCAACAAUUACAAGCUCAAUUAGCAGAAGCAGAACAACAGCAUUCAUCAAGGUUAAUCGAUUUAACAACACGUCAUCGAACUGAGACGGAGAUGGAAACCGACAGACUGAGACAAUCACAGGUGCAAGCUGAACGUCUAUUAGAUGCUCGAGAAAGGUCAAACCGUCAACGAAUUAAAGGAUUGGAAGAACAGUGUGCUACCUACAGAGAUCAAUUGAGCCAUGAACUCCGAAAACGUCAACAAUUCCUGACCAAGAGUAGCAGAAAAGGAGAAGAAAUUCACGACAUCAGACAUGUUUUAGAUACAUCACUAACUACAAUCAGAGACUCAUCCAUUGAUCCCAUUCUCCUCGAGCACGAAUCCAGAAAAUUAAACGAAUCUUUGGAAAUCCGCUCCAGCCCACCAGUCCGUCUUUCCAGACUCAGAUCACCUGUUCGUGGGCCUUCUCCAGUCCGAUUCCCUGCCUCAUCCCCAGGAUUCCGACGAAGUACCCGUAGUCCAAUGUCCUACCGCAGAUCGACCAAUUCUUAAAGACAUUCCAAUCGCUUUCAACUGUCUCAGCUGUACGUUUUGGUAGUAACCUCUUCUGUAUAUCAUCCUAGGUCAAAGGUUACACCAAUUAAUUGUUAAUGGAAGGGGGGAAGAUAAUGUUUUGUUUUUGUUUUUCUUGGCUGUGAUAUAAUAAUAAUAAUAUUAAUAUAUAUAAAUAUAUAUUUAUGAACCCUGCCUCCCCACAGAUAUUAUAAUGGGGAAUCAUUUAGUAUUAUUUCUUUACUUAUGUUUGUAUGUUUGAAGUGACUCAUAUUAUGAUGGUUUUGAAAAUUUUUGAAUUAUAAUAAGUCCUAAAAUAACAUCAUCAUUUGAACAGUGAUUGAAUCAUCAUUUGACUGGUGACUGCAUCAUCAUUUAAGUGGUAAUUGCAUCAUCAAUUAAAUGAUUAUUGCUUCAUCAUUUAAGUGGUGAUUGCGUCAUUAUUCAAGUGGUGAUUGGUUAAUUACACGUUUUUAAAAGAAAUCUAAGGAAAUUACUAUAUAUGAUCUUGUAUUUCACAUAUUUAGUCAUGCCAUUUUCUCAGAAUACAAAUUCAAUCGUCUUUUACCAUUUGUACAUCAAACAGCGUAAAGAUAAUUCCGUCCACACUGACACUUUUAAUUUACAUAAUAUUUUGUUGUUGUUUCUUUUCUCGCUAUAUUUUGUUUACGUAAUCGAUGUAAAUGUUUUUUGUCUAUUCUUUAACAGGGUUGGUUUUUUUUUAAGUUACCUGGCAAAAUUAGUUUAAUUUAAUCUAUUAAAUUUACUAAUAUGUGUUUAUGAACCAAACAUUGUUAUAUAUUUUGGUAGCAUUUACUACUUAGAUUUCCAAUUAAUAAAAAUAAUUGGACAAUAAUCCAAAGACUAAAUAAAAUGAUGUCAUGUUUAUUAUAGGAUUAUUUAAUUAAUUAGUGAAGUAAUGAAAUUAAUGAAUAUUUAAAUAAAAUGCUAUUUAUUUUCUGAGACUAGAAAAACUGUGAUAAGUUAUUGUAUUUAUUUGAUAUUUUUUCAGUGUUGCA